AUGAGCCGCAUGGGUCAAUACCACUCUAUGAGGACGGUUUGGCAUGAUAUGAUCGGGAGGCACUGCCCAAUCUUCGCUGUUAAUCGCGAGACUUUGAUUCCGAUACCCAAACCUACUGGUUAUACUGGAGCUGAUCCAUAUAAAAUAUCAUUUCAAGUUGGAAGAGAAAAGUUUUAUAUCCCAUGGCUUUUCGUGAUUAACCGAAAGAACUCGGAGGUCCCAAUGAUUGAAAUGCAUUUGAGGUACUCCGGCGCUGAUUUGCUUGGUGUCACUGCAAAAGUUAUAGAUAUGCCUCACAGCUAUUUAGAAAUUCAUCCUGACAUUCAUAAACAAUUUUGGGAUCAGCAGCUAUGGCCAAAACAUGUUCUUGUCAGAUAUACUUGGAAAGAGCAGUCGGAGAUUGACGUGGCUUCUGGAUUCUAUGUUCUCUUUGGAUCAGGUCUUAUACUUACAUUUAUGCUCUCAAUUUACAUUUUGCAAUCAUCUCGAGAUAAAUUAGCGAGGUUUGUGAGAGAGACCGUUGCUGAUAGCAGCAGCAUGCCUGGUGGAGGCACAGCUAAAGUUGAAUGA